AUGCAAGUUUAUACGACAACAUUCAUCGCUUCAACCAUUAGUGGCUUGACUUUAAUCGCUUGCCUUGUAGCGAUUCUAAGCAUCUACAAUGAUGCCACAACAAACGAUCUUUGGAAUGACAUGAUGGUUCUCGGUCGCCAGAAACGUCAUAAACGUCAGAAUUACGGUGAAGGAGGCUCGACUGAUUACGGUGGUCCUAAUCCACAAGCCAAUCUUCCACUUGAUUAUAGUUCGAAUCCACGUGGCGAUUAUGGUGGACAGAUAAACUUAGGUGCAUUUCCAGGAGGUCAAGGUUAUGGCAGUCAAUCAUUUGGUGAAGCCUCGAGAAUUCCACCAUAUGUGAGACCACCGAGUGUACCACCGUUAUUGCAAGAAGGUCCACGGCCCGUAAGUGGUGGCCGCAGUAAAUGUGAAUGUCGCGUGUCCAAUAAAUGCCCACCUGGACCACCAGGACCACCAGGUGAACCAGGAAUAAAGGGCAUGGAUGGGAUGCCCGGAAUAGAUGGCAAGCCUGGAAUUGAUGCAGAAGAUAUGGAACCGCAAAGAGAAACGACUGGUUGUUUCCACUGUCCAGCUGGCCCACAAGGUCCACAGGGAGCACUCGGUCGCCCAGGACCAAGAGGAAUGGCAGGUGCAAAAGGACAACCUGGUAUGCCAGGAAGAGAUGGAAAUCCUGGACCACCAGGAGAAGCUGGGCCUCCUGGGCCACCAGGUCGAAAUGGGCCACCGGGUUUACCAGGAGACAAAGGACGAGAUGCUGAACAAAUUAUUGGUCGACCUGGCCCUAAAGGGAAACAAGGGGAACCAGGCCCACCUGGACCACCGGGCCCGAAUGGCCAAGAUGCAGCACCGGGCGAAGCUGGACCUCCAGGAAUUCCGGGAAUUCCUGGGCCUCAAGGGCCACGAGGACCAGAUGGCCAACAAGGUGAAGAAGGACCGAUUGGUAGACCUGGAAGAGAUGCCGAGGUUUCUAUUUUUUCUUAUGACCAUCGGCCAUAA